AUGAAUGGGGCUGGCCCUCAGCUCAGCGUAGUGUGCUUAUGAACCCAAACUACAUCAGCAGACAUGAGCGGAGGUGACAACUGCACAGACCAUCUUCCAGUGUUGGGAAUCCCCUCCAUUACCCAGGCCUGGGGACUAUGGGCCCUCUUAGGGGUUGUGACAGUGCUGCUUUUCAUCUCACUGGCUGUUCUCUUGUCUCAGUGGACCCGUGGCCGCAGCAAGAGCCAGCAGGCACAGGGACGCUCUGAAAGGUCUGUGGAGGAGGUGCCCCUGUAUGGGAACUUGCAUUAUCUUCAGACAGGUCAGCUCAGCCAGCCAAGGCCAGAUCAGCAGGAUCCAUCCUCUGGUGGCUCUGCCAGGGCGGCAGAGGGGGUGAUGUGCUAUACCAGCUUGCAGCUGCGGCCUCCUCAAGGCCGGAUUGCCAGCGCCGGGACUCCCAUCAAGUACUCGGAGGUGGUGCUGGACUCAGAGCCAAAGCCCUCAGCCUCAGACCCUGAGCCGGAGCUCUAUGCCUCAGUGUGUGCCCAGACACGAAGAGCAAGGGCUUCCUUCCCAGAUCAGGCCUAUGCCAACAGUCAGCCUGCGCCCAGCUGA